CCAACUCCCCACCCCCGGGAAGGGAAACAAACCCACCCAAGCAGAGCAUCUCGCCUCCUCUCCUCUCCCCUUGCGUUCAGCCCCUUCCUUGCAUUGCUUUCUCCAUGAGAUUCCUCCUCCUCCUCCAUCCUUAUAAGCCACCCGCAACCGCAACCCCGGGAAGGAACAGGAAGGAAGCAAGUGCCAUCGAGUGUGGUUGAGAGAGUUUGAGACUUGAGGCUGCGCUGCGCUGAACCUGUCGUUCGGUGGGAGGCAAGAAGAAGGUGGUGGUGGUGGUGCAGCAAUGCCGCGGCGCGCGAGGGCGAGGGGCGGCGGCGGCGGCGGCGGGGAGGAGGUGAAGGUGGAGGAUGACUUCAUCGACUCGGUCCUGAAUUUCGGUGGAGGUGGUGGGGGAGAGGAGGACGGCGACGACGGGGAGGAGGAGCAGCAGCAGCAGCAGGCGGCGGCGGCGGCGAUGGGGAAGGAGUUCAAGUCCAAGAACCUGGAGGCCGAGCGGCGGAGGAGGGGGAGGCUCAACGGCAACAUCUUCGCGCUCAGGGCGGUCGUGCCCAAGAUCACCAAGAUGAGCAAGGAGGCCACCUUGUCGGACGCGAUCGAACACAUCAAGAAUCUCCAGAACGAGGUUCUUGAGCUGCAGCGCCAGCUCGGCGACUCACCCGGUGAGGCUUGGGAGAAGCAAUGCAGCGCGUCCUGCUCUGAAUCCUUCGUCCCCACUGAGAACGCCCAUUAUCAGGGUCAGGUGGAAUUGAUCUCUCUUGGGUCAUGCAAGUAUAACCUGAAGAUCUUCUGGACCAAGAGGGCAGGCCUCUUCACCAAGGUGCUGGAAGCACUCUGCAGCUACAAAGUGCAAGUGCUCAGCCUGAACACCAUAUCCUUCUACGGCUACGCAGAGAGUUUCUUCACCAUCGAGGUGAAGGGUGAGCAGGAUGUUGUGAUGGUGGAGCUGAGGAGCCUUCUCUCCAGCAUUGUGGAGGUUCCAAGCAUCUGAGACACUCCUGACUACAAUAAACUCACAUGACUCAUGUUAAGAGAGCACAUAUGUUUCUCUGGAAGAAAUAAUUCCAGUAGCAGUUCUCUUUGUAGGGAGAAUACAGUGGUACAUGUUUGACUGAAUGACUGAUGACAUAGAAGGGGGAAAAAAGGACUAAAUUUUGUGUUGAAAUUGAGCACAGUGGCACAA